AUGAGCGGCAGGGAUUUCCACGCCACAGCGACACAACUGGUGCAUCGCCAAUCGAGCUCGCAGCAUCUUCGGCAGUACACAUUUGCGGCUACUAUAGCGAACCGCUUCUACUCUGAUAACUCACUCGAUCGGCAACGACGAGUGGUGGAAUGUGCGAGGAGGAGACAAGCGAGAGCCCAAGACCGAGCAUUACAGCAGGCAUACCGGGUAGAGCAACUAGAGAACGAAUUAGCAGAAGCUGAGCGUGUGAGAAAACUCAAAGAAGAGCGUGAAGCUUCUCGCAUGGAACGAAAGCUUCAACAUGUUGCAGCUGCCUACAUCCAGUACAUCUGGCGACGCUAUUGUCAGCUUAAGAGAGAAGCUGUAUACCGACAAACUCGAGCUGAACGAGUGUUAGUAGAUUUUCUAUCGUACCGAUAUUCACGAAGAAAAGCUGUGCGACGUCAAGCUUCCUUUCGGAUCCAGCGUCGAUGGCGGGGACAUCGAUUGGAAACGAAGACAAAGCUUGGGCUUGCUGUCUUAGCCUCUUUCUUCAUCCCUUUCAUCCGGAAGCGAAGAGCUCGUCGUCUACUACAUGCCAUCAAACUGCAACGUUGGUACCGACGACAGUACGCUCAAAGACGCGAGAAAUCGGCGCGGAUUAUCCAGCGAGCGUGGCGAACAUCCGUCUCGAGAGCCAAGAUCAGGUAUUACUCGAGAGCAUAUCGACACCUGAUGCACCUUAAGCGACUUGAAAAAUCCGCACGUGUGGUCCAGCGAACAAUAGGAACGCGUAUCAUACAGCAUCGAUUGAUGUAUCUCCCAGAGUUCGAUGAGUAUCCCAGUGUCAUGGCAGCUUCAUGGCCGCCACUGCGUUCCUAUCAAGAACGUGCUGUGGAGUAUUGGCGACAAGAAAAACAAGCACUCGAAGAUGCCAUAGCGGAACGUAAGCGACUAGACAAUGAGGAAGUCGCGCUAGAGUCCAAUAUUGAGAGCCUACAACAACGUUUAGCAGAGGCCAAGUCGCGCGGAAGUGAAGAGAACGAGCGAUUACUCCGCCAUCCCAUUAUCGAGGAACAUCGCCGACUAAAAGACGAGGAAACCAAGCAAAAGCGUCUGCAAGAGCUGGAAGAAACCAUGAGACGCUCCAUUCGACUGGAACUCGAGCGGGAGCUGGAGACUGCACGUCGCCUCAUGUUGCGCAGCAAAAGACACCACAACUUCAAUGUAGCCAUCCUGGACGAUGAGCGCAUCGAGCUCACUUAA